AGACUAUUUUUACUGAUGCACACAGGAUGUGCAUGGGCAGUAACUUUCCCCCGUGUUUACAAGAGACGACGUGGGUACUUUCAUUACAGCUUCAUAGUCUUGUGUUUUAGAAAGCAAUUCGAGAAUACUGCAUACUUGUGUGACAUUGCCAUGGAUAUAAGACCAAAUCAUACACUUUACCUAAAUAAUAUUAAUGAUAAAAUAAAAAAGGAAGAAUUGAAAAGAUCAUUGUUUGCCCUGUUUUCCCAAUUUGGUCAAAUAAUGGACAUAGUAGCUUUGAAGACCAUGAAGAUGAGAGGACAGGCCUUUGUUGUCUUCAAGGAACUUGGAUCUGCUACAAAUGCAUUACGACAAUUACAGGGCUUCCCAUUUUAUAGCAAGCCUUUGCGUGUACAGUAUGCAAAAACAGAUUCAGAUCUGAUUGCAAAAAUGAAAGGCACUUAUGGUGACAAAGAAAAGAAGAAAGAAAAGAAGAAGGCUAAAGCUCAGGAACAAGCCGCAGCAGCAGCAGCAGCUGCUGCUGCUGCAGGCAAAAAGGCUACUCAGGAAACAUCUAAAACCACUCCGUCAAGUACAGACAAGGAGUCUGACGAUAAUCCACCAAACACUAUUUUAUUCCUCAACAAUCUGCCAGAAGAGACCAACGAGAUGAUGCUAUCCAUGUUGUUUAACCAGUUCCCUGGCUUCAAAGAAGUACGGUUGAUCCCUGGUCGACAUGACAUUGCAUUUGUGGAGUUUGACAGUGAAGCCCAGUCAGGAGUGGCACGUGAUGCUCUUCAGGGAUUCCGAAUUACACCAGCCCAUGCCAUGAAAAUCACUUAUGCUAAAAAAUAAAACUGGAUUCUUCAGCUGGAUUUUGUAGAGAACUUAUUAUAUGGUUUCCACAAGACAUUACCUGCAAUCCACUGGUAACAUGCAGAAGUUACAAGAGGUGUUUGCAUUCUGGACAUCUGAAGAUGGUAUAACUUUGCUUUCAAAUAAGACCAUAACAAACACCAGUAUCUGUACUGAACAGAUGAUAGUAUUAAGUUACUGAAAUUUUAUCAGAAUGUUGACUUUUUUGUAAAAAUAAAUAAAUAUAAAGUAUG